AUGGUGCGCGUGCGAGGGGGUGAAGGCGUCUUGGAGGGAGAACUUGUGAAUAAUAAGUUCGGCGAAUCAUAUUGUAGCUUUAAGGGAAUACCUUAUGCGCAACCGCCGCUUGGAAAUUUGAGGUUCAAGGCUCCACAGCCGCCGGAGCCAUGGGAAGGAGUUCGGAAAGCAACUAAGUUUGGACCUAUUUGCUAUCAAGCAGAUGUAUUCAAAAAAGAUGCACCUUCAGGUAGCGAGGACUGUUUAUACCUCAACGUUUAUACUCCUAACAUCAAACCAGAUAAACCUCUGCCUGUUAUGUUCUGGAUUCACGGAGGUGGUUUUUACUGGGGAAGUGGCAACGACGAUUUCUAUGGUCCCGAUUUCCUUGUCAGACAAGAAGUGAUACUAGUCACUAUAAACUAUAGACUUGAAGUUGUAGGCUUUCUUUGUUUAGGUACUGAAGAUGUGCCUGGCAAUGCUGGCAUGAAAGACCAAGUUGCAGCCCUGAAAUGGGUUAAUAAGAAUAUUAGUAAUUUUGGAGGUGAUCCUAAUAAUGUUACAAUUUUUGGUGAAAGUGCUGGUGGUGCUUCCGUUGGUUUUCAUUUGAUAUCACCAAUGUCUAAAGGACUUUUCAAAAGAGCAAUACUUCAAAGCGGAGUUUGUAGUUGCUCGUAUGCCCAGACUUUUCAAUAUCGAGAGAACGCUAUAGCACUCGCAAAAAAACUUGGCUUUGAUUCAGAUGAUAAUAAAGAACUGUACGAAUUUUACAAGUCACAACCCAUUGAGUCAUUGAUUUUAACCAAUGAACCUUCAAAGCACACCAAAGCCGAUACACCAGUUACUGAAUUGAAAUGGUCAGUUGUCAGUGAAAAGCAAUUUGAUGACAAUGAAAGAUUCUUUUAUGGCAAUGUUCAUGAAGCGCUUCGUAAUAACUUUCAUGAUGAUGUAGAAGUUAUGGCUGGAUACAAUGAAGAUGAAACUGUUAUUAUGGUAGGUGCAAUAGGAAUUAAUGGCGUACGAGCCCAGAUAGAGAACGCGAACAACUUGCCAAAGUUCUUUGUACCGAAACCAUUUACCAUAAAUUGCUCCGAUAAAUUACAAUUGGAUAUUGGAAGUAAAAUGAAGGAUUAUUAUUUAAAAGGCGAACAAGCCUCUAUGAAUAACUUUGAGCAAAUUUUAAAAUUCUAUGCUUGUGAUAUAUUAAUAUACGAAGUGGCUAAAUUCUUGAAGUUAAGUGCACAGAGAAACAUAACUUAUUCUUAUAAAUUCACUUGCAAAUCGAAAAGGAACCUUUUUAGUAAAAUUUUCGGAGUGGAUAAAGUAUACGGAGAUAGAAUAUUUACCUGUCACGCUGAUGAUUUAGCUUACCUAUUUGAGAUUAAUUACAUGAAACAGGAAUUCGAGAAGGACUCAAAGGAAUUUAAGAUGAUCGAACAAGUGAUAAAGUUGUGGACCAAUUUUGCCAAAUUUGGCAAUCCGACUCCAAAUUCUGAUUUGGGCGUGCAAUGGCCCGAAUACACGGUGGAAGACAAACACUACUUGGAUAUCGGUGAACAGCUGACUGACAACAUGUUCAGGGUGUGGGUACCAAGAGAGCUGCCAGUCUAUAAUAACUCCCAAAUAUUUAGUUUGUGCAAUCUUCCGAAGGACGAGGCAACUACAACUUGCUCUUGCUCUGUUCUGCUCCCAGCCUUGUUCAGCGGUGUACAUAACAGCUUCCCAGGAGACUUAAGACCUGCAGUUCCACGACUAGCAACACAUUUGGGAUACAAAGUGUAG